AAAAGGCGAUUAUUUUACAGGGGCUUAACUGCCUCUAUUCCUUCUCCUCGAUAGCGGUUUUGAUCGAUUUUUCCGGCAAAGUGGGGCGUCCUGUGACCACUCUUCCGACGGUUAUCUCCACGUCGUUCACCCAUCCACGACGUGAUGUUAAUACAACGGUUAUACAGAAUCCUUCUCUAUAUAACCGAGGUUUUUCAAAUGGAUUUUCAUCAGUGUUUCAAGCAAUUGCUCUUUCUCUCAAUUAUCCUUUCCGAUUUUACUCUGUUCUUACUAAAAUGGCGGAUAAUUUGCGUCGUGCGGUUCAAGAGAUUAACUUGGGGGCGGAUGAAGAACCUUUUGUUAUCCCAGAGGAGAUUGUAGCGAGGGCGGAAGCGGUGAAUCGUUACAUCUUGUUGGGACGUCCGGUGAUGCCACGGAGACAGAACCUCCGGUCAAUUGUUGCCUCGAUGCCACGAAUCUGGGGUCAAUCGGGUCUAGUCCAUGGCCGGAUUAUUCCGGGUAAUCAAUUCCAGUUUGUUUUCCCAUCGGAGGAAUCACUUGAGACAGUAAUUAGGCGUGGCCCGUGGGCUUUCAAUGAUCGAAUGCUGAUUCUCCAGAGGUGGACUCCACUGAUGAAUCCUCCUUUGAUCAACUUCAUACCGUUUUGGAUCCAAAUCAGAGGUAUCCCGCUACAGUAUCUAACGAUUGAUGUCAUCACUUCAAUUGGACGUGCUCUUGGAAAUUUGGCGGAGGUCGACUAUGAUGCGGAGACCGCUGCAAGAGUUGAAUUCGUGAGAGUUCAAAUCAAUUGGAACAUUGACUCUCCAGUCGUUUUUCAACGAAACUUUCAAUUUCAAAGAGGAGUCAACACUCUGCUUAAAUUCCGGUUUGAGCGUCUCAGGGGAUUCUGUGAGGUUUGUGGUUUGUUAACUCAUGAUUCGGGAGCAUGCUUGAUCCAGAAUGGAGGUGAAGAGGAUCACCCUGAUGGUGAUGACGAUGACCAAGCAGAACCAGGCUCGCCAAGGAACCAGAAUCAGAACCAAGGGGUAAUCAUUAGGGAGAUAGAAGUAGAUGAGGCUAAUGGUGUCAUGGAGGCUGAACCAGUGGCGGCAAUGGCUAAUGAGGAUGAGGUUGCUGAGGAGCUUGCAGAUAUUGAUCCUCACCAUAAUGCUUUGGUGGAUUAUGAGGAAGAGCCAGAGGACAGAAUGGCAUUGAGUGUUUUUCGUGGUGAAUGGGAUACAAAUGAGCUCUUCAACCCGAUACCAAUCUUUGAGAAUUCGACGGGAGACAUUCCUGGGUCUGAGAGUAACUGUGCUUACUCAGUUAACAUUCAUCCAAGACCAGAAGUCAUGGAGGAAACUCUGAGAGCUCAAGAAGUGACUGCUUUGGAACGGGGCAAACGCAAGCGUGAGGAUACGAUUGAACAGUUGGAGGAGACAGUGAACACAAGGGUGAAAUUCCAAGAGAUGGAGAAAGGAAGCAGCUCUUCCAGCAAGAGCAACCAGUGCAGAGGUGCGGUGGGCCCGAAACCACCACAGCCGCCAUGAUUACAACCACUUGGAACUGUCAAGGUCUGGGCAUAGACCUUACAGUUCGACGCCUAAAGGAGAUUACGAGAAUGUAUCUCCCGGACAUGAUAUGCCUUCUGGAAACAAAACAAGGAGACGACAAGAUCCGUGAAGUUGCUGGUGACUUAAAUUACCCUAACUUUGUAACAGUUCCACCACAGGGUAUGAGUGGUGGAAUUGCUAUCUUUUGGAAAACUUCUAUUUCAGUUUCUGUUAUUUCCCUUUCUCCAAAUCUUGUAGAUAUGCAAGUUGUUUUUAAUGGAAGUUCAUUCUACU